AUGCUGCUACUGCUACUGCUACAGAUCUCAGGGAGCUGCCUCUGGCUGGGAUACAGUGAGGUGGUGACAUCAUUUGAAAGUUCAUGUCCUCAAUUUUUCUUCAAAGAAACCCCCCCAAAUGAAGCCCUGGAACCAAACAGUCCAGCCCGGAUUUGCCAACGUUACAAAAACCAGUAUUACUUUGCUACCCUGUAUGACAGGGACAGGCGUAUUCCUGUAUACUCUGCUUACCAGUACCAGCCUGGAUCUGGCAAGAGACCUAAAACUUGGAUGGUUGAGCCCCAGCUGAUGAGUUCAGUUUAUCCUAGCACAAUGGAAAGAGAAUGGACCCUCUUAAAAUAUUUCAACGUCACCUCAGAGCAACUCAACAAGAGCCAGGCUGUCUUCAAAGAUUACAAGAACCUGACAGGAUUGAACCGUGGCCAUUUGAACCCUAGCGGCCAUCACUCUGAUGACAGCUGCAGGAGGGCUACCUUCACCCUCACCAACAUAGUUCCCCAGAAUGAAAAACUCAACGGUGGGGCUUGGAAAAACUAUGAGCAGCAAACAAUGAUCAAGAACACACAGGGCUGUGUCACCACCUAUGUCGUCGUGGGUGCUGUGCCUGGGAACAACUAUAUUGCUAAUGGGCGGGUUAAUAAACCCAGCCACCUCUGGUCUGGUGUCUGCUGUGAGAUGGACAAUGACGAGAGGAGGGCCUGGGCUGUCAUUGCUGAGAACGACAGGAAUGACAUCCAGCUCAUCACGCUGGGAAGGCUGGAAGAAAUGUUGACUGAGCUCUAUGGAAGGGAUCAGGUUUCUCUAUUUGACAGAAACUGUCCCCGAGAAUAA